AACAAAAAGACAAGAAGCCAAUUAUUUAAGGAUUUUGUGUUGGGCUUAAUAAUUGUGCAAAAGCACAAACAGAAACAAAAGGCUGCUUUAAGCGAGAGUGCCGACUGGGAGAUUCCCUGAACCCCGCGCUAGACUGCUGUCACAAACAUACUAGCUUCCUCCUACACACACGUGGACAAAAACUGCUGCUGCGCUCCGUCUUCUCCCUACCCUAAGGGAAAUUCUAACCCCCCUGCAACCUGACCAAUGCUCACGUGCAGCGCCGCCUCGAUUCGCCGGAGGACAUGUGCUCCCGCCGACUACCGCCCCGUUUAUUGCACCGAACAUAUAACGCUUCUGGCUGUGCCUUUUUUUGCUCACGUUGCUGCGUCAUCCGCUCUUGGCGUCAUGCCGCCCAUGGAGCUGGUCUCUCUACUGGACUUAUAUAAUGUAUAUAUACUGUGUCGUUUUAUAUUUAGUCACUUCUGCGAAUUGUACUGUGGGAUGGAGCAGAUGGAGCAAGUGCACGGGCUUGGGGUCCGCAACGUUUGUCAUCUGUGGUCUCAUGUUUGCACCACGCGCAUGGCAAGGACCAUCGCUGGGGCUGCUCCUGAGUUCAGGGAGUGUGCCUACUGAGUGUGCCUUGAGACGGCCGUAGAUUUAGAUGGCUGCUGGAGAUUAAGCAUGCGGCUUGCGUUCUGUUCAAGAAUCUCUCUUUUCUGGAUGAUCAAGGUAUAAGCAAUAAUUAAAAGUGUAAAGUAAAUGUGUGUAAGAUGCUUGCGAACUUUGAUGGAGCAGCAUCUGAUUUGAUCUAGUUUGCUAAGUUGGCCAGGCGGUAAAAGCCGCCCACUGGAGAGUAGUUCAAAUUUCGAAAAUAACUGCUCGUGAUGGACCUUCUCUAUGAGGAAUGGAUGCCGAUGCUAGCCAGAUGCUACGUAGACAUAGUCGUACAUGCCAUCGCCUUAGCUGCUAUGCUACGCGCGAUAUGGAUGCGCUUUACCAGAUGGUAUCACAAGGUUUACGUCUAUGUGUCAAUAUUUUCAAUUAUUUACAGCUUGUUGCUAUACAAGUUCCGACAAACCAUCUACAGGCUGCAAUUGAGCUAUGAGAGAAUCUGUGAGCUAUACGCAUGUGCUUUCCUAAUGGCACUGAUGAUUACCCUCGGUUGCUACUAUGCCUGCAUGUCCUUUAAGCUGAUCCUUGCUCAACAUCGAGCCCUGGAACUGGCAAAGCAGCGCGCUCGAGUUCUCUAUGAUCUGUACCAGCAAUUGCAGGAACUGCAGAGGCACGAGGCACUGGAGAGCUCCCAGGAGAAUGAAUAUUCCCAGGAGAUCGAAUAUUACCCGUAGAACGAUAAGAAUGUUUUUUGGUUUUCAUGAAAUUACCUAAAUAAAUUAUGCUGAUUGGAGAUCAACGGCGCUGCAUGAUGAAAUAUCUUGGGAUCUAUAUGAUAUGCAAACUUCUACAAUAUUAUAGAUGAUCUGGAGAAGUUAUUGGCCGGCUUCAGUACUUGGACAACCGGUGGAACAGCUCAAUCCUGGCAACUGUUCCAACGGUCGGUUUUGAACAAGUUUGCAACCUUGGUUGAUGCUAGGAGUGGAGGAUUGGUUCCAAGUCAGCGAGUGGAAAACUAGCCAGACUGCUCGGCAGCCAGGCUGAUUGCUAG